AUGGCCGUGGACGGAGAGAAGCAGCCGGCCCCAAUCACCGAGAAGGCCAGCUUGGCCGAGCUUGAGAAUGGCGUAGCCGGUCUUGUCUUGGAUGACGAGACCAACAAGAAACUCCUCAGGCUCGUUGAUUGGCGUGUUAUGCCAGUGCUCUGUUUCACCUACGCCCUCCAAUUCUACGACAAGGCCCUCCUCAGUCAAGCCGCCAUUUUCGGACUCCGAAAGGACCUGGGCAUGGAGGACGGCCUCAAGUACUCAUGGGCGUCUCUGAUUUUUUACUUUGGCUACAUCGCCGGCACCUACCCAGUAUCUCUGCUCGCCCAGAAGUACUCGACACGCGUCGUCAUCGCCGUCAUCUGCCUCCUAUGGUCCGUCAUCAUCCUGACCACCCCGGCCUGCCGCAACUACCGCGACUUCCUCGCCAACCGCUUCCUGUUGGGCCUGAUCGAGGCCGGCGUCUCGCCAAUCUUCAUGCUGGUCGUCGGCCUCUGGUAUGCGCACGCCGAACAGAUCUCGCGCUCGAGCUGGUGGUACUCGUUCUCGGGCGGCUCGCUGCUGGUCUCGCCGCUCAUCAACUACGGCAUGGGCCACAUCCGCGGCGGCGGCAUGCAGCCGUGGCAGUACAUGUACUUCAUCGCCGGGGGCGUCACCGCCUUCUGGGGCGUCGCCCUUUGGUGGUUGUUUCCGGACACGCCGCAAAACGCAAAGGGCUUCACCGAGGAGGAGCGUGUCCUGCUGAUGGAGCGCGUCCGCGGGAACAAUUCCGGGGCCGAGAACAAGACGUUCAAGUGGUACCAGGUCGCCGAGGCGCUCAAGGACUACCAGAUGUGGGGCAUCUGCGUCCUGUCGAUCGUGUCGUGCACUGGUUCCGGUGCCGUCACUGUCUUUGCACCGAUCGUCUUCAACGGCAUGGGCUUCAGCGUGUUUGAGUCCCUGCUGCUCAACCUGCCCAUCGGUGCCUUGGCUUUCAUCUGCAUUCUGGGUUCCGGGUAUCUGGGCAGGUUUGUUCCCAACUCGCGGUUUCACAUUAUCUCGGGCGCAUGUGUCCCCGUUAUUCUGGGAUGUGCCUUGCUGUGGCAACUUCCGUCGUCCAACACCGCCGGCCGCAUCGUGGGGUACUACUUGAUCAACUUCUUCUCGGCCGCUUGGGUGCAGUGCAUCGGCCUAGGCACCUCCAACGUGGCCGGCCAUACCAAGAAGGCUGUUUAUGCGGCCGCUACCUUCAUCGCUUACUCGAUUGGCAACAUCAUUGGGCCGCUCAUGUUUGAUGCUUCAUAUGCCCCCCGCUACGACAAGAGUUUCACCGGCGUCAUGAUUUGCUUUGUUGUGUGCUUCUUCUGCGCCGAAAUUCUUCGGUUUUUCUUGGUUCGGGAGAACAAGAAGCGCGAGGAGCGGUUUGGCCCGCCAGAUGAUGCCCAUGGCCUGGAGGAUCUGACGGACAAGGAGAACAAAUCGUUUAGGUAUCAGCUUUAA